UAUCCAAACAUCAAACAAAAACAUCUGAUUUUCACCAUCACUCUUAUCCGUCUUAUGUUAUUGACUUCACCUUUGCAUGAGAUAUUUCUCUCAUCUUCGUCCAUGCACCACCACCACCCACGCUACAAUGCCCCCUUCAACCCUUCCCACAAACUCUCCCAUCACCACACUUCCCAACUUUUCUCCCAAACCCACCUCCCUCAACGACGCUUUUCAAUCCCUUACCCAUUUCUUCACCCACCCAUCAUUCCCAACAUCCAAUUUCCCUCUUCAACAAGCUUAUUCUCAAGCUCUCGACCUCUGUGCUUCCCAUAAAGCUCUUUCUCAAGGCCAACAGUUACAUGCCCGUUUCCUCAAAACUCAAAACUCCUUUGAUACCGUCUUUCUCAACACCAAGUUUGUCCACAUGUACGCAAAAUGUGGCUCCUUUCUUGAUGCAGAGAAACUGUUCGAUGAAAUGACCGAACGAACCAUUUUCACUUGGAAUGCAAUGCUAGGCGCGUCCGUGUCAAGUGGUAGAUAUUUCGAGGCGAUUGAAUUGUAUAAAGAGAUGAGAGUUCUUGGGGUGUCACUUGAUGCUUUUACUUUUCCUUUAGUGCUCAAAGGGUGUGGUGCUCUUAAUGAGAGGCGUUUGGGGUGUGAAAUCCAUGGUUUGGCUGUUAAGUGUGGAUUUGGUGCUUUUGUUUUUGUGUGUAAUGCGCUUAUUGCUAUGUAUGCUAAAUGUGGCGAUCUUGGUGGAGCUAGGAUGUUGUUUGAUAGUGCUUUGGUUGAGAAAGAGGAUCCUGUAUCAUGGAAUUCUAUCAUUUCUGCACAUGCUUCUGAGGGUCAGUGCUUUGAGGCGUUGUCACUUUUUAGAAGUAUGCAAGAGGUUGGCGUUGAGGUUAAUUCGUACACUUUUGUUUCGGCUCUGCAAGCUUGUGAAGAUCCGACCUUUAUUAAAAUGGGUAGGGGGAUACAUGCUGUUAUUUUGAAAUCUAAUCAUUUCACUGAUGUAUACGUUUCCAAUGCUUUGGUUGCGAUGUAUGCAAAAUGUGGUAAAAUGGAGGAUGCUGAAAGAGUUUUUAAAAGUAUGAUUUACAAGGAUUGUGUAUCGUGGAAUACGCUGCUUUCGGGUAUGGUCCAAAAUGAUCUAUAUAGUGAUGCUCUAAACUACUUUCGGGAUAUGCUGGAUUCCGGUCAAAAGCCUGAUCAGGUGUCAGUUCUAAACAUGAUUGCAGCAUCGGGCAGAGCGGGAAAUUUAUUGACUGGCAUGGAAGUCCAUGCUUAUGCAAUAAGAAAUGGAAUAGAUUCUAAUAUGCAUAUUGGGAACACCCUGAUAGAUAUGUAUGGGAAGUGUUGUUGUGUUAAAUAUAUGGGCAACAUUUUUGAGUAUAUGCCCCAGAAGGACUUGGUUUCUUGGACUACAAUUAUUGCUGGCUAUGCACAGAACGAAUGCCAUCUGGAAGCCUUAAAUCUGUCGAGGAGGGUCCACUUAGAAAGGAUGGAAGUUGAUCCUAUGAUGAUUGGAAGCAUUUUGAUGGCUUGUAGUGGGUUAAAAUCUGAAAAACUCAUCAAAGAAAUUCACGGUUACGUUUUGAAAAAAGGUUUAGCUGAUAUUUUGAUACAAAAUGCCAUUGUCAAUGUAUACGGAGAUGUCGCACUAAUAGAUUAUGCAAGACAUGUGUUUGAAUCAAUUAACUCCAAAGAUAUUGUGUCUUGGACAAGUAUGAUUACUUGCUGUGUUCAUAAUGGACUUCCAAUUGAAGCUCUUGAACUUUUCCACACUCUGAAAAAAACUAAUAUUGAACCUGAUUCGAUAACUUUUGUCAGCUUACUCUCUGCGGCUGCUGCUUUAUCUUCAUUGAAGAAAGGGAGGGAGAUUCAUGGAUUUCUGAUUAGGAAGGGUUUCCUCCUUGAGGGACCAAUUGCUAACUCCCUGGUGGACAUGUAUGCUCGGUGUGGAACCGUGGAGAAUGCAAAAAAUAUAUUCAACUAUGCUAAACAAAAAGAUCUAAUGUUGUGGACUUCUAUGAUUAAUGCAAAUGGAAUGCAUGGAUGUGGACAGGAUGCCAUUGAUUUAUUCAACAAAAUGACUGAUGGAAAUGUUCUUCCUGAUCACAUAACCUUCUUGGCUUUAUUAUAUGCUUGCAGUCAUUCAGGGUUAGUAGUUGAAGGUAAAAGGCUUUUUGAAUUGAUGAAAUAUGAAUAUCAACUGGAGCCCUGGCCAGAGCAUUAUGCUUGCCUGGUUGAUCUCCUCGGUCGAUCCAAUUCUCUGGAAGAGGCUCACCAUUUUGUGAAAAACAUGCCUAUUGAACCUUCUGCUGAGGUCUGGUGUGCUCUUCUUGGGGCUUGCCGUAUUCAUUCAAAUAAAGAAUUAGGAGAGGUUGUUGCGAAGAAGCUCUUACAAUUAAAUACAGAGAAUUCAGGAAAUUAUGUUCUGGUAUCAAACACGUUUGCAGCAGAUGGAAGAUGGAACGAUGUAGAAGAAGUUAGGUUGAGAAUGAAGGGAGUUGGAUUGAAAAAAAAACCAGGAUGCAGUUGGAUUGAGGUUAAGAAUAAGAUUCACACCUUCAUGGCAAGGGACAAGUCUCAUCCACAGAGUGAUGAAAUUUAUCUAAAAUUGGACCAGCUUACAAAAGUUUUGAAAGAAAAAGGAGGCUAUGAGGCUCAAACAAAGUUGGUAUUCCAUGAUGUUUGUGAAGAAGAGAAAACACAGAUGCUUUAUGGGCAUAGUGAAAGGUUGGCACUUGGUUAUGGUCUGCUUGUUACCCCUAAGGGUACUUCUCUUCGGAUCACAAAGAACCUUCGAAUUUGUGAUGAUUGCCAUGCAUUCUUUAAGAUUGCGUCUGAAGUCUCCCAACGGACUCUUGUUGUAAGGGAUGCCAGUAGGUUCCAUCAUUUUGAAAGGGGGCUUUGUUCAUGUGGAGAUUUCUGGUGACCAUUUUGAUUAUUAUUAUGUAAAAAUAGAACAUACGCUCCCUUCUCUGGUUCCUUCCUGUUCCUUGUGGUCGUUGAAACUUCUCUUCAAGUUUUGUGUCUUUUUGCAUGACAUGUCAAAUGGACAGAGCAUGGGAACUAGUACCAAAUGGGUAGAAAGAAAACGGGAUUAUAGCAAUUGCCUAUUGGUUUGAGAUGGAAAAGAAUAGUCUAAUGCAAAGAUGCUUUGGUAAGUAAAUGACGUGCGUUCCGAAUUUUGGUUCGUGUCAGUGACAAGGAGAAGAAGGAUGAAGGUAACUACUAAACUAGAAAAUACUUGACCGGAUCCACAAGAGGAGGUUCCUUUUUGUGCAGAUGUGCAUGAAUGAAUUAUUGUGCAAGAAUUUAUACACUUGUGGGUUGGACCUGUGUAGAUCAUGUCCCGCAACUACUACUUGUGGAUUGGGCCUGUGAAGAUCAUGUCCUGCAACUGACUUGCCUUUGGAGUUAUUACAGUUAGCUUUUUGAGUUACUCUGAAUGUCUCGGAGUGAUUGGAGACAACAAAAAUUGACUGCCUUUGGAAUUUUUAGUUGAUCCAGACCUUCCUCAGUUGCCUCCAUUAUUCUUAAGGAAACCAUCACCCUAGCAAUGUGGCAUUGUGGGUCCAGUUAUUCCUUUCCCUGUUUUAUUUGUGGUUAAUGAAGUUCACCGUGAGUAUCAGAUUGCAGUAUCAUCUCAUGGCUCUAUGGGCCCAAUGACAAAGAGGAACCCUGGGUUGGUUCUUGGAAAUAAAAUACUUUUUCAUCAUAUGGUCCAGUUGUCUUCGAUUACUCUCACAGACAAUGUACAUGGAAACUCCGAUUUUACUGAUAUAAUUUAUGAUACAUUUAUUUAUCAUGUUUCAAAUGAUUCUUAUGAGCAGACCGAACCUGUUGGAGAAGAGAUGUUUGACUAUCUUUGCAGCAUUGGGUUGAGGUUUUAUGCUCCUAUCCUAUGAAGUUUGAACAUCAGAGUUUAAAGACACACACUUUCUUGGAAAGUUUAUUACUUUUAUAUGCAAGUCUUCCCUUGAAGGGUUGUUAGCAACAAGGUGUUAAUAUCCUUAAUUGUUCAUAUAUUAAAGUUAAAAAGGUUCUGAUCUGGUUAGUCC